AUGUCCUAUGAUAGCUACGUUGCCAUCUGCAAACCCUUGCACUACGGGACCCUCCUGGGCAGCAGAGCUUGUGUCCACAUGGCAGCAGCUGCCUGGAGCAGUGGGUUUCUCACUGCUCUCCUGCAGACAGCCAAUACAUUUUCACUGCCCCUCUGCCAGGGCAAUGUCCUGGACCAGUUCUUCUGUGAAGUCCCCCAGAUCCUCAAGCUCUCCUGCUCAGACACAGACUAUCUCAGGAAAAAUGGUAUUACUUUACUUCUUACUUUUUUAUUCUUAGUGUGUUUUGUGUUCCUUGUGGUGUCCUAUGUGCAGAUCUUCAGGGCUGUGCUGAGGAUCCCCUCGGAGCAGGGACGGCACAAAGCCUUUUCCACGUGCCUCCCUCACCUGGCCGUGGUCUCCCUGUUCAUCAGCACUGGCUUCUUUGCCUACCUGAAGCCCCCCUCCAUCUUAUCCUCAUCCCUUGUUCUGCUGUUGGCAGUUCUGUACUCAAUGGUACCUCCAGCAGUGAACCCCCUCAUCUAUAGUAUGAGGAACCAGGAGCUCAAGGAUGCCCUGAGGAAACUGAUCGGAUG